CAGGCACCGUUCUCGCCGUUGCCGGGCACUCGCCGCGCUGCUAACGGCCUGGUCACAUGCUCUCCGGAGAGCUACGGGAGGGCGCUGGGUAACCUCCACCCGAGCCGCGGCCGCCCGGAGGAGGGAAAGGCGAGCGAAGAGGAAGAGUGGGAGGAGGAGGAGGAGGGGAAGCGGCGGAGGAGGAAGAGGUGGAGGAGGAGGGGCGCACAAAGAAUCCAGGUCUCCUGGCGGGAGGUUUGCACCAAGAAACAUGUGUGCCGAGAGGCUCGGCCAGUUCGUGACGCUGGCUUUGGUGUUGGCCACCUUAGAACCGGCACGGGGGACCGACGCCACCAACCCGCCCGAGGGUCCCCAAGACAGGGGCUCCCAGCAGAAAGGCCGCCUAUCCCUGCAGAACACAGCAGAGAUCCAGCACUGUUUGGUCAACGCUGGUGAGGUGGGCUGUGGCGUGUUUGAAUGUUUCGAGAACAACUCCUGUGAGAUCCGAGGCUUACAUGGGAUUUGCAUGACUUUUCUGCACAACGCUGGAAAAUUUGAUGCCCAGGGCAAGUCAUUCAUCAAAGACGCCCUGAAGUGCAAGGCUCACGCGCUGCGUCACAGGUUCGGCUGCAUAAGCCGCAAGUGCCCUGCCAUUAAGGAGAUGGUGAUCCAGCUACAGCGGGAAUGUUACCUCAAACAUGACCUGUGCUCAGCCGCCCAGGAGAACAUCCGGGUCAUCGUGGAGAUGAUCCACUUCAAGGACCUACUGCUGCAUGAGCCCUACGUGGACCUGGUGAACCUGCUGCUGACCUGCGGGGAGGAGGUGAAGGAAGCGGUCACCCACAGCGUCCAGGCUCAGUGUGAGCAGAACUGGGGGAGCCUGUGCUCCAUUCUGAGCUUCUGCACCUCUGCCAUCCAGAGGCCCCCCACGGCACCACCCCAGCACCUGCCCCAAGCGGACAGGACCAAGCUCCCUCGGGCACACUCCAGGGAAGCCGGGCCCCACCUUGUGGAGCCCAGCAGCAGUAAGGAGACCAGCAGGGGAGCCAAGGGCGAGCGAGGGAGCAGGAACCACACAAACACCCACGCCCAGAGCCGAGGCAGCAGCCCUGGGGCCCAGGAACCUUCUGGAAGCAGUGAGUGGGAAGACGAACAGUCUGAGUAUUCCGACAUCCGGAGGUGAAAUG